CUUUGUUGAACUUGUCCGGUCCGGUGAACUGAAAAUUGAUGCCUUCCCCGCGCGCCGUUAAGAUCGCGGUCCAUUUCAAAUUUUCCUCAAAUUGAGCCUUUUCUUUACUUUAAUCAUUUUCCCGCUCGUCGAAGCCCAUGGCGGGUUUAGAUUGGGCAGACGACGAAUGGGAGCUCGUCAACGACGAUGGCUUCGUCUACAAACGCAAGAAGCGCCCCCGCCUCGACCCCCCUACCACAUCCUCCUCCUCGCAUCCACCGCUUCCUGAUCCCACGGCGGAGGAGAGCAACCGCCGGGAACGGAAGAGGACCGCGCUCGUCAAACUCAAACAGAAAUAUCAAAGAGAGAUCCGCCAGUGGGAACAUUUGUCGAACACCUUGAAGGCGAUGCAAGAGAAAGCCUCCAUCCAGCAACAGACGCAUCCAGAGCUUCCUACACCGUCUUCGGACCAUGCCGCCAGUACCUCCGCGCCGCCGGGUAACUCAUCCCGGCAACUUAUAGACGAGCUCCUUUCUCAGGCUGAAAUUCAGGAAGCCAUAAUUUGCGACAUAUCAAAUUUAUGCGAUGUUGCUGAAGCCUUGUGCAGUGCUCAAGAAGAAAGGCUUAAGAAAUCAUUCAUAGACCUUCCGAUUUGGGCAAAAUCACCGCGCGAGCUCAUCACUUCACUAUGCGAAGAGUGAGCUCAUUUACUAUGCACAUCUAGUGGAGCUCUUGGUGAUAAAAACAAAGUAUUGCAACCUUGUUCAAUCUGUAUCAAUAUUGUUCUAACUGUGGCAAGAUCCUGCCUUGUCCAUUUUGUGUUGCUAGCUUGUAAAUUAGUUUCUACUUUAGACUCAUAGCUAGAUUUAUCAAGUAUUAACAGCUUGUUGCUUGCCAAACCGAGUCAAUUUAGAUGUAUGUUUCAAGGCUGAUGUAGACUAAAUGGUUAUUUGUUGAAUGAAUUGCAAACAUUUGGUGUUUGUUUGGUUGUUC